GGAUACACCAACGGUCCAAAUUCUUCUUUUUUGUCAAAUAUAAAAAUUCCUUAGUUUUAUUCUAAAGCUCAAUGAUUUACAUCACACUCACUCAAACAGUACCCAUAAUUUGCUAUAAUGAUAUGAAAUUAAGCUAAAUAACACAAUUUUUCAGUGAAAUCUAGCUAAAAUAUGGAUACCCAGAUGAAUAAUUUCCUCUUUUCUUUGCUAAUUUUCUGUUUAAUGACCUCUUUUUCUGCUGCUGACUUUAAUCCACCUGAUAAUUACCUCAUAAACUGUGGUUCAAGCUCAAAAUUUACAAUUGAAAAUCGUGUUUUUAUUGGAGAUUUAACAAAACCCAGAUUUCUUAAAGUUGAUUCUUCUUCUAAAUCAUCACCAAUUUCAAUUUCUAACCCAAAACCAUUACCAAAUUCUCCCCCAAUUUACAACACUGCUAGGGUGUUCAUAGGUGGGUCCAUUGCUACAUAUGAAUUCAGCAUCAAAUCAAGGGGUAUUCAUUUGGUACGUCUUCAUUUUUCGCCUUUCAAUUCACAGAAUUAUAAUCUUAGUUCUGCAAUUUUUAGUGUUUCUGCAAAUGGGUAUUCUUUAUUUCAUGGUUUUAGAGCUUCUAAGUAUUUUUUGAGGGAGUUUAUAAUGAGGGUGGAUUCUGAUACGCUUAAAAUUGUGUUUACUCCUGAUGGUGCCGAAAUCGGGUUCGGGUUUGUUAAUGCUAUUGAGCUGAUUUCUGCUCCUGAUAAUUUAAUUCUUGAUUUUGGGGUGAUGUCUUUGGAAAAUUAUGGUACCAAGGAGUAUAAAAACAUGUCUUCCCAAAUUUUAGAGCCUGUUUUUAGAAUUAAUGUGGGUGGUUUGAAAUUAACCCCUUUUAAUGAUACCCUUUGGAGGAAUUGGAUUCCAGAUGAUGAUUAUCUGGCUUUACAAUCAGCUGCUAGAAAAGUAAGCACAAAUCAUGCUCCUAAUUAUAAACUUAGUGGUGCUAGUGAGGAGGUUGCACCAGGUAAUGUGUAUAUGACUGCACAAGAGAUGAAUCAGAAUAAUAUGUCAGGCCUUUCUGAUUUCAACAUAACGUGGAAUUUUCCUGUGAUUGAUCAUGUAAUGUAUCUUGUGAGGCUGCAUUUUUGCGAUAUCGUGAGUAUUGGGCUUAAUCAGCUUUAUUUCAAUGUGUUUAUCAAUGGGAUGAUGGCAUAUAAAGACCUUGAUUUGUCGGCCCUUACAUUCCAUACGCUUGCAUCUCCUUAUUAUCUUGAUUACGUUGUGCAAAUGGACCAUUCAGGGCCUAUUCAAGUUAGUGUUGGUCCAUCUUCAUUGAGUACUUCUUUGAAGAAGAAUGCUAUCUUGAACGGAGUUGAGAUCAUGAAGGUAGUGAACAGCAAGGUUACUGAAGCCGGAUCCAAGAAAAAUCAUAUGUGGGUCAUUUUGGGUUGUGUCCUUGGAGGUUUUGCUGUUUUGAGCCUAGUGUUGGUUGCUGUUUUGCUUACACUAAAAUGCAGGAGGAAAAAAAAACCUGCAUCAGAAAGUUUAGGUUGGACUACCUUGCGUGUGCCGGGAGGAAGCGUGUAUAGUAGAGUUACAGAAAGUAGUACCUCUCCGCACAGGAAUGGAUUGAAGAUUCCUUUUGAGGAAAUACAGUUUGCGACCAACAAUUUUGACCGUACUUUGAUAAUUGGUACUGGCGGAUUUGGAAUGGUGUUCAAAGGGGUUCUUAGAGAUGGUACAAAAGUUGCUGUGAAACGAGCCAUGCCGGGGUCCAGGCAAGGUCUUCCAGAAUUCCAAACGGAAAUAUCAGUUUUAUCAAAAAUCAGACAUCGCCACCUUGUUUCAAUGGUUGGCUACUGUGAAGAGCAAUCAGAAAUGAUCCUAGCAUAUGAAUACGUGGAGAAAGGACCGCUGAAGAAGCAUCUAUAUGGUGGUAAAUCACCUCCAUUGUCUUGGAAGCAGAGGCUUGACAUUUGCAUUGGUGCUGCUAGAGGUCUUCACUACCUUCAUACUGGUUUUGCUCAGGGGAUCAUCCAUCGAGAUGUCAAAUCAACAAACAUUUUACUUGAUGAAAGUUAUGUUGCCAAAGUGGCUGAUUUUGGGCUUUCAAGGUCUGGCCCCCAUCUUGAUCAGACCCAUGUAAGCACGGGUGUAAAAGGUAGCUUUGGUUAUCUAGAUCCAGAAUAUUUUAGAAGACAGCAGCUAACAGAUAAAUCGGAUGUAUAUUCCUUUGGUGUCGUGUUGCUCGAAGUUCUUUGUGCUAGACCUGCAGUAGAUCCCCAGCUAACAAGGGAACAAGUAAAUUUAGCUGAAUGGGCAUUAGAAUUUCAAAAGCAAGGCCUUAUAGAGGAAAUUGUUGAUCCCCAUCUCAAGGAUCAGAUAAAACCAAGCUCACUAAAGAAAUUUGGAGAUACAGCACAAAAAUGUUUAGCUGAAUAUGGUGCUGAUAGACCAACUAUGGGAGAUGUUCUGUGGAACUUGGAGUAUGCAUUGCAACUUCAAGAGGGUCAACCUACUACAGAGACAGACGAUACUAGUGACACAUUUACUUCAGAGAUUUCUGUAACUAGAAUUGUUCCUCGUGGUCCUAACAAUGUUAUUCCUGUUGGUGAUACAAGUGAUGAGAAUUUAGGCAAGUCUACUAGUGACGUUUUCUCUCAGUUGGUGACCAAUGAAGGCAGAUAGUCUACACUGUGGUCCAGCAAGUUCUAGCUUGUAAAUGUUUUUCAGCAUUGUAUAUUAUCGAUUAUAGAAGAUGGCGAGAUGCAGCAUAGGUAAUGCCAAGAUGAGGUCUCAUGUUUGAACGAAUUACAGAAUUCUUGGAUGAUUACAUCAGGCUAAAAUAUGGAGGACAAGAUUGCAGUUACCUAUAAUCCGUUUGGUAGAUAGUAAUGGUAAUGAGCUUGUGUAAGGAGUUCCUCAUUCCAAAGUCCAUGACACUGCAAUUCUGUUUGGCUUGUUAUAGGGAAUAUUUCAAUUACGAAAGUGAGAGUAAUAUGAUUCAGGCAUUAAACAUGUUCCAAUACAUCUAGUUAGGUGGUUGAAAUUUUGAUUCUUUGUAAAUUGUAAAGGCAAUAGUACACAAUUUGUUCCUCUUGCCACAGAUUGAGGUCUACAAUCUAUAUCCACACGUUAAGAUAUUGUAUGUACGGUAUGGAUGUCCAUGUUUGUAUUAAUGAACAUCCGUGAAUUCAAAAGCAGAUGUGCAAAUUAAAUUGCUCAUA